AUGCUGGAAAUCGUCGAAUGGGAACAAUUGAGACCUGUUUAUGAAAAAGGUGUCAAAAGCUCAUCUUUGAAAGAUAGGCUCAGUACAUUGAAAUCUAUCGAGCUGAAUUUGGAUGACAUUGAAAAAGCUGAGUUGCAAGAAGUAACAUUUGUAUUGCUUAAUACAUACAACUUUUACCAGGACACAGAUUCAAGAAAUGCAGUAUUAGAGGCAUUACUAAGGAUAAGCAAAGUAGAUGGUAGAUUUUUGUCAUAUUAUGUGGAGUUUAUAAAGAAAGAGACUUCAGGAACUACAUUGGCCAUCACCGAUUACUUGACUUUACUACAAUGGAUAAACUCGUUUAACAUAGAGCUAGCUAAAGCAAAGAACCUAAAAGGGAGCUGCGUGGCCCUCCAAGAAAAGCUAUUUGUCAAUUGCACAGAAUAUGAGGGCAAAACUAAGCAUUUAGAUAGGGUUACCAAAUCUGCCAUCACGGCUACAAAGACCAGCAUUGUCAAUACCCUACUCGAGGAUGAUACUUACAUGGACCUCAUAAUCAAUCAGGAUUGUCUUGCUUUGUUUGGUGUAUUGAACUUGGCGGCAAUCGAACUUAUACCAAAGAAACCAUCAAUGCUUGAAAAGUUCAAAAGUCACGAGUCAAAAGUGUUGAAUACAUUUAUCAACUUGGUAUUGCUUGGAAAAAAGGCUCCAUCAAAGUUUGAAGUGGAAGGAUUUGGUCCAUGCGUUGAGACAUUGGUGAAUGAAGACAACUUUGGGACUCUUUUGCUCCCGGCCAUUGAAAAAGCAAUCCUUAGGUCUUCGGAAAACUCGUUUGGUAUAGUGCUUCCUAUAUUCUUUAAAAACCUACAGAUUCAAAUCACCCCAUCGCCAAAACUUUUAUCAUCAAUCAUUUCCGGUGUCAAGUCUCAAAAAGAACACGUCAGAAAUGGGGCUUCCCAAACAUUAGCCUUGUUAAUCGAAAAAGCAAAAGAUGAUAUUUCCGACGAGAUAAUCAAAGCUGUCAAGAUGACAACCAAUGCUGAGUCGAAAUCGCUUUUGAUAAAGAGUCUCCUCAAAUCUACCAAAUCAGAAAAGGUCCUAGACUCAUUGCUUCCUUUAGCGUCAAAAGAGCAAAAUGAGACUUCACUAGGUAGUUUAGUUGAUGUAUUUGCAUAUCACGCCUUUAAAGCAAACAAGUUUGACGACAACAUAGCCAAAACAUUUAUCACCGGAUUUAAAUCAAAAGUCAAGCGCGUUUGGUUCGUCGAGUAUGGGAAACACGCAUUGGGUAAAGAGCAGCCGGACUUUACCACUGUAUUCAAUGACACACUAUCCGAGAUUGAGAAAUCACCAGCAGCAAACAUCAAGAAUAUUGCCGCUGCUUUUGUGAUUUUGGCACUUACCCACAGAGACUCCCCUUUGCUUGAUGAGACAAAAUUAUUUGAAAAAUUGGACACCAUCGAUUUAUUAUGGUUCGUAAAAGAUUUGUACAAUCACCCAAAAGGUUGGUUGUAUGUGCUUACGGGUAAGAAAGUUCCAUAUAGUGUCAAGAAAGUUGCUCAAGAACGUUUCAGAGAAGAGGUAGAGGUAAACUUAUCCUUAAGUGAUGGUGUAAUUGCAGAAGCCUACACAUUGGACCCAGAGGUGCAUAACCCUAGAGAUUUAAGUCUUGUGUUUGCCAUGUUAACUCAACUAAAGGAAGUAGACCAAGUAAAGUCCAAUGCUGUUAAAUUGAUCAUUGCCGCAAAUGAUCCAAGUAUUCGUAUCAAUGGUGGCUGGAUUGGUCUUGUACAAAGAAGUGGACACAAGGUUGAUAUUGGAAAAUUGGUCAAGGACAAUCACCAGCAAAUCUUUGACGAAUGUGUUGCCAACCCAACUCCAAAUUCAAUAAAAGCACUCGCCACUAUUGCAUUUGUUCAACCAGAAUCAGUUGGAGUAAUCACCAAGUUUAUUGAUGAAAGUUUAUCCGUGGAACAUAUUGAUGAGGUGUCCAAAUCCAUUUACUACGGAAAAGAAGGUGAGAUGGUGAUUGACGUCACUGCGAAAAAACCCAAAGCUUUGGACAAGAAUGCCAAAGACUACGAAAUUAGAGCUUGGGAAGAAUCGAUUGGCAAAGAGUUGAAACAAGCAAAGAAAUUUACAUCUGAGGAGAAGAAACUCGUUGCGGAGCAAAUUGCCAAGGAGUCAAAGAUCAGAAGUGGAAUCAAGAGUACAGUUGCGAAAGUAAACUUUGCCAUUGGAUUGAUUAAUGAAUUGGCAGCGCAAGCCAAGGUUGUCAACAAUGGAGCCGAUUCUUGGUUCCCUACAAGUGUAAAGAAGCUACUCGACUUGGCGAUUAGUGAAGGUGACUUCUUUAAGAGUGCAGAGUCAUUCAUAAACCUUUCCAACUUAAUUACAUCACGAUUUGAAGUUUUGAAGACAUUUGUUGGUGUUGCCGUAUUGAGAUUAUACGGAGUCAAGGUAGAACCUAAAUACGAAGAAGAACCAUUGGAGUCUCUCCUUGGAAGAAUUUUAUACCGUGUCAAAAUCUUGAGUGAUCAAAACCCAUUAGAUGCGGUGUCUUUAGCUUAUGCUCUUCCUUUAUUGAUCAAGGUGUUGCAAAUUGGACAAUCAGCUGCAUUCAAAAACUCAAAAAAGAUUGCCGUCACUUCUGAAUUUGUUGAGAAUGACCCCGAGGAAGAACAUUUGCUUUUGAGUGUGGAGAUCAUCUCCGCUCAUGCCGAAUUAUUUGCUGAUGCUGGAAUACCAAGAACAAGUAUUUUGAAGAUCUUAGUCUCCCUAAUGGCGGUUCCAUCCAAAUCUAAGUUGGUUAAAGAAUGUUUCCUUUCAUUAUGUCAAUACAUUGCAGUGAACAUUUCUGAUGAAGAUUUACAGUUGUUAUUGGAAAACGUAGUUUCACCACACGUGUUUGUUAGAUCCACCAUCUUGGAAGGCUUGGACUCCGAGUUCGAAUUAAGUGCUUACUCAAAGGAGGUUUAUGUGGCAACAUACGACACAGAUAACAAUUGUCGAGAAUUGGCACAAACAAUCUGGGAAGACAACUCAUUGUCUGUGCCCGACACCACCAACCUUCUUGAAUUGUUUGGAUUACAAGAUCCUGGGUUGAGAAUGUCAGUGGCACAAGCUUAUAGAGACGCCUCUAUACAAACACAUAUUAACUUGGAGGAGUUGUUCAACUUUUACAUUGAGAAAAAGAAUCCUCCAGCACCAAAAUUGGAUGAAUUUGGCCUUGUUAUAAAAUCAACAAUUGACCAAAGAGAUAGAUGGGAAGAGAGAUCAACUAUCGCCCUAGCGCUCAAGUUCCUCGUACCACACUUGUCUGAAACUGAUGUUGAAAAACUCUUCAAAUUCCUUGUUGAAGAAGCCUUAGGUGACAAAGAUCAAAAUGUACGUCAACAGUAUCAAGAUUCUGGUGUUGUCGCCAUUGAGGCCCACGGAGCAGAGAAUGUUGAGGCGUUGAUUAGAAUCUUUGAGGAAAGUUUGCAGGCCAAGAAUAUAAAGGAGUCUAUUGUUGUUUUGUAUGGUACAUUGGCACGUCACUUGAAACCAACGGAUGAACGUUUGAAGGUCAUUUUUGAUCGAUUGAUGAAGUCGUUGGAUACUCCAAAUGUUCAAUUUGCAGUUGCUGAGUGUAUUGCACCGUUAGUACCAUCUUUCAAGGAUGAGCUUUCUAGCUACUUCGACACGUUAUUCACCACAUUGUUUACUGGAAAAACCCUUGCCAAACGUCGUGGUGCUGCAUUUGGUAUUGCUGGCUUAGUCAAAGGUGAUGGGGUACGAGCAUUAUCCGAUUAUGAUGUCAUCAGAACCUUGACCGAUGCAUCUGAUGACAAGAAAGACGCCGUGAAAAGAGAAAGUGUCUCGCUCGUCUUUGAAAGUUUAUCCAAAAGUUUAGGUAAAUUUUUUGAACCAUUUGUGUUUGAAAUCUUACCAAUCAUUUUAAAGAAUCUUGGUGAUAUGCUGAGUGAGGUACGAGUCGCCACUGACAAUGCAGCUAAGGAAAUCAUGAAAAACACCACAUCUUUCGGUGUCAAGAAACUUAUCCCCUUGGCGAUCUCCAAUCUUGAUGAAAUUGCAUGGAGAUCAAAGAAGGGUUCGGUUGAAUUGCUUGGUGCGAUGGCUUAUCUUGAUCCAGAACAAUUGUCGGCAUCAUUGUCGAUAAUCAUUCCUGAAAUUGUUGGUGUAUUGAAUGACACACAUAAAGAAGUAAGAAAAGCAGCUGAACAAUCACUUAAACGAUUCGGUGAAGUUAUUAGAAAUCCUGAGAUUCAACAAAUUGUUCCUUACUUGAUUAAUGCCAUUGGAGACCCAACCAAACACUUGGACGAAGCAUUGGAUAAAUUGACAAAGACUCAGUUUGUGCACUAUAUUGACAGUUCAUCGUUGGCAUUGAUCAUCCAUGUCAUUCAUCGUGCAAUGAAGGAUAGGUCUGCCUCUACCAAGAAAAAAGCAUGUCAAAUUGUGGGUAACAUGGCCAUCUUGGUCGACUCAAAAGACUUGCAACCAUACUUGAACGAGUUGGUAGAAGAGUUGGAGACAGCCAUGGUUGAUCCAGUUCCUGCCACUAGGUCAACAGCUGCUAGAGCUUUGGGUUCAUUGGUGGAAAAAUUAGGCGAAGAGCAGUUCCCAGGAUUGAUUCCAAAAUUGAUUGCCACUUUACAAGACGAAUCGAAAGCUGGAGACCGACUUGGGUCAGCACAAGCAUUAUCGGAGGUUAUUUGUGGUCUUGGUACAAACAAGUUGGAAGAACUUUUGCCAUCAAUUAUCUCGUCAGCGUCGUCGCCUCGUGCAGCAGUCAGGGCUGGAUUCAUGCCGCUUUUGCUUUUCUUGCCCGUCUGUUUUGGUUCACAAUUUGCACCUUAUUUGAAUCGUAUUAUUCCUCCGAUCUUAAAUGGGUUGGCUGAUCAAGAUGAGGAGAUUAGAGAGACCGCAUUGAGAUCAGGUAGGUUGAUUGUCAAGAACUACGCCAAAAAGGCAGUUGACUUGUUGUUGCCGGAAUUGGAAGCCGGAUUAUCCAAUGAAUCUUACCGUAUUCGUCUUUCUUCAUUGGAACUUACUGGAGAUUUGUUAUUCCAAAUUACUGGACUUUCUGGUAAAAACGAACUUAUUGAAGAUCAAACGGUUAGCAAGACCCUUGCACAAGUCUUGGGCCAAGAACGUCGUGAUCGUAUAUUGGCUGCCUUAUUUGUUUGUCGUUCCGAUGUUGCAGGAAUGGUUAGAAAUGCUAGUGCCGAUAUUUGGAAAGCUCUUGUCGCCAAUACUCCAAGAACAGUUAAGGAGAUAUUACCUACAUUAACUUCUUUGAUUGUACAAAAAUUAGCUUCUGAUGAUGAAACACAAAGGACAAUUGCUGCUCAGACAUUGGGUGAUAUGGUACGUCGUGUUGGUGCAAACGCAUUGCCACAAUUAUUGCCAUCAUUGAAAGAAGCCAAGGAUCAAGAAGGUGCUUGUAUUGCGUUGACCGAGUUGAUUAAAUCGACAUCGUUUGAUGGUCUCACCACAUAUAAAGACACAUUUAUCAGCAUCAUUUACAAUGGCCUUAUUACUCAAGAUAAACCUACUAGGAAUGCCGCUGCCCAAGCAUUUGAACAAUUGUAUGAACAAAUUGGUAAAGUUGUCAUUGACGGGAUUAUCCCGCAAUUGUUGUCGGAAUUGAGCAACUCAUCAGCAUCGUUGUUAGCAUUGAAGGAGUUAAUGGCUUCAAAGUCGGAUAUAAUUUUCCCAAUCACGUUACCUUCACUAUUGGAACCACCUGUUGAUGCAGUGGCAUUGGCUUCUUUAGCAUCAGUCGCAGGUACAGCAUUGUACAAGAGAUUAUCAACAAUCUUAAACACCUUAAUUGCAUCAAUCAUUGCUGGUGAGGAAAUAUCAGAAGAGUUCAAUCAAGUAUUGUUAUCAGUGGAGGACGACGGUGCUCAUCUAUUGAUGCAGCAAUUGCUAGCAUUGAUGAAGCACGAAGAUCCGCAGAUUAGAGAAGUCAUUUUUGCUCAAACAAAGGACUUUUUUGAACAUGCCACAUUGGACUACUCUAUGUACCUUGAAGACAUUGUUUACCAAAUGAUUCUCUCCUUGGCUGAUCCAUCACCUAACGUUGUCAAAGCAUCAAUGGAGUCACUUACUGUAUUAAUCAAAAAACAACCAAAAGAAUUGCUAGAAAAACUUGUCAAGCCUUCAUACCAAGCGCUCAGGUUAACUGGGAUUUCUGUCCCUGCAUUUGCAUUACCGAAGGGACCCAACUCCAUUCUCCCAGUGUUUUUGCAUGGAUUAAUGUAUGGAUCAUCUGAUCAACGAGAAUUAUCAGCAUUGGCCAUUGCUGAUAUUAUCGAAAAGACACCGGCCGAAAACUUGCGUACAUUGGCCACCAGUUUGACUGGUCCAUUGAUUAGAGUUAUUGGUGAAAAGGUGGCAUCCAAUAUCAAGUCGGCCAUCCUUGUCGCUUUAAACAACUUGUUGAUCAAGAUUCCUCAAUUCUUACGACCAUUUAUUCCGCAAUUACAAAGAACUUUUGUGCGUUCAUUGAGUGAUGUGUCUAAUGAUACAUUGAGAAAACGUGCCGUUGUUGCAUUAUCAACAUUGAUCAAACACCAACCUAGAGUCGAUUCAUUAAUUACUGAAUUGGUGACAAACUCUAAAGCCAUUGAUGAUUCUGGAGUCAAGGCAUCGAUGUUACAAGGAAUGUUGGCUGUUGUUGAAUUGAAAGGUAAGGAGUUAAAUGAAGCAUCAAAGACAAGCUUGCUAUCGGUAGUUGAAGAAGAGAGUAUUGAUUCAGUUUCAUCUGCUAAAUUGUUGGGUUCAUUAGCUAAUGUGUUGACACCAGAGGAGACAAGUGUUUUGUUGCAGAAGAAAGUAAUAAAUUCGCAAAGCAAAUUUUCCAUAUUGGCAAUCAAUGCUUUCUUGAAGUAUGCACCUGAAUUGGUGAAACAUAAUCAUGAUGUUGUUGACUUUGUUGCUGCUUGUUCUGAUUCAGCAACUCCAUACAUUAGUGAUAAUGCCACCAUCGCGAUUGGUAAAUUGGUUCUUAGUGGUAUCAAAGAUGAAUCAUUGUACAGACAGUUGGCCAAGAAUGUCAUCCAACCCAACUCAGCAUCGCCCGAUACAAGAAGAUUAUCAUUAAUUGUGAUUAGAACUGCUGCUCAUAAAAAGGCAAUUCCACAAGAGUAUCUCGACUUCCUUGUACCUAGUGUAUUUAGCUCAGUGCGUGAUCCAAUCAUCCCUAUCAAGUUGGCCGCCGAGAAGGCAUAUUUGGAAGUGUUUUCCAUUGUUGAUCAAGAAUUGAAAGUGUUUGAUGAGUGGUUUAAUGGUAGAACUGAAAUUACAACCGUUACAGGUACCCCAAUUGUCCCUAGAUCUAUUGGUGACUAUACAAAGAGAGUUGCUGUCAGAUUGGCCAAUGUUGAAAGAGAGCGCAUUGAACAAGGUGGUGACGAAGAGACUUUGUUUAGUGAUCGUAUCGAAGAUGAAAAGGAAAUCUGGUCAGUUGGUAUAUAA